CACCUCCCUGAAAGCUGUAGCUUCUUUUUCACCUUGAAGAGUAAUCCUCAAAAGCUCCCAAAAUGUGUGAUGCAUUUGUAGGUACCUGGAAACUUCUCUCCAGUGAAAAUUUUGAUGAUUACAUGAAAGAAGUGGGUGUGGGCUUUGCCACCAGGAAGGUGGCUGGCAUGGCCAAGCCCAAUAUGAUCAUCAGUGUGAAUGGAGAUGUGAUCACCAUUAAGUCUGAAAGCACCUUUAAAAAUACUGAAAUUUCCUUCAAACUGGGCCAAGAAUUUGAUGAAGUCACUGCAGAUGACAGGAAAGUCAAGAGUAUCAUUACCUUAGAUGGAGGGGCCCUGGUACAGGUGCAGAAGUGGGAUGGAAAGUCAACCACCAUAAAGAGAAAACGAGUAGAUGAUAAACUGGUGGUGGAAUGUGUCAUGAAAGGCGUCACUUCUACCCGGGUUUAUGAAAGAGCCUAAGCCAAAGGACCAAGGGAUGGUGAUGGAUAGAAGUUUGCAUGGAACUCUGCAACAUCUAUUGGAUAUAUUGUCCAAACGUGUUAUGUUUUCCACUAAUUAGCAGACAACUAAUUUUCCCCAAAACUGAUUUUGAUUCAAUGUCUCUGUGUUGGUUAAAUAAAACUUUUUGGAUUUAGA